CUCCGACCCGCGUGGCGUCAUCGCAGCGCGCCGGAAGUGACGGAGGACUGGAGCGUGCUGGCCGGAGCCGAGGAGCGAGAUGCCUGUGACUGUGGGGCCAUAUGGACAGUCCCAGCCCAACUGCUUUGACAGAGUGAAAAUGGGCUUCAUGAUGGGCUUUGCCGUUGGCAUGGCUGCAGGGGCACUGUUUGGCACAUUUUCCUGCCUCAGGAUUGGCAUGAGAGGACGAGAACUGAUGGGUGGAGUUGGCAAAACCAUGAUGCAAAGUGGUGGCACGUUUGGGACAUUCAUGGCCAUUGGCAUGGGAAUCCGCUGCUAACCUGGAGCAUGGGAUUUUUUUAACCUGAAGACUAAUGCCCCUGUUCAAUCAUUCCACCUAUGUAAUAUAAUAAAAUCUUUGGGUAUCUAAAA